CCCAAAGCACCCAAACUGCCUGCCUCUCUCUCACAAUCUCUCUCUCCGUCUCUCGCUCCCCCCUCGACGUAUGCUUGCCCUUGCUCUUUCGUCUUGGGCAGCUGCAACUUCGUUUAUUUGAUUUUUAUGUAUUUGCCUCAUCGUACACACCGCACCCCCCCCGACCCCAAUCCCAACCUUGACCCUGACCCCCCCGGCCGCCCAGCUUCGCACUUGUCCCGUCGCAGCAGGUCUCUGCCUCUCUCUCUCGCGCGACUCUUUCCUCCUUCCCGUUACCGCUCCCUAGAUUCAAACGGCGAAUAAGUACCUCGGACCCCUUCUCGUCUCGAUACCUCCCUCUCCCUCUUCGGACGAACCAGUUGCCAGGAGAGCAUAUCGGAUACCACAAACCAUAACUACCUACCUACCUACGCUAGAUCGUCUCUGUCUCACAUAUCACGACACCGACAAGCAUCAAAGGCGAAGACUGCCCGGUUGUGUUCGUACUGCCUCGACAUCCCGUCCAAACCUUGACAUCCCGUCCAAAACCUUGUCUUGCUCCUACAACACCACCCCCCCCUUUCCGCCGGCUAGAGCAAUAUCGCAACCGGACCCAAGAAUAACGACAAAAGGCAAAAAGCAACGCCUUCGACCGUCUGUGCUCGCCUGGCGAAUCACCAAGGGGCUCAACCUCCGGCCAAAACCUGCUUCGAGUCUCAACACAAACACACAUGCACAGAGCACGUACAGCAACCACGCAGAUACAUACGCCUGACCGCUCGCAACGCUCAAUCGGACAAACCAUAUCCGGAUUGCGUGCCCUUGCCCGAAUUCCACACAAAUCAGCCCUUUGAGCCAGUCGGACCUCGUUCCUGUGGAUCGUCUGGGGCUCCCAUAGUAUCUACAGAGUACUUCACCCGUCUAUGCUACUUGAAGCAGCUGCCCAACCUACCCAAGCACAAACAUAGACGCCAAUCCUCUUGUAGCUACGCGAAUCGACUUUCCCCUGGCUCGCACGCCAUCGCCAGGUCCUCUCGCCUCACCCUCACCCAGAACAACCCUCGUCCGCCUACGACCGUCACUCGAGUGUCACUCUACGCACCUCCCCCCUUCCCCUUCCCUGUCUCUCGGCCUCUUGUCGACGGCUCUCUGCUUCCUGCUGCUGCUCGCUUGUAGGCUGUGUCUCUUGUACCUCCCUACACCGGCAACACCAGGCAAGCCCAUCCGUCUGGCCCCGGAUGGUUUGACACCAUCUACUCCCAACCCUUCUGUCUUGUGCUCUCUCUGCUUCGCUUCCGUUACUUGCUGAAACAUAUUGCGGCCAUGGAUCUCGCAAGCACGUCAACCGUCCCGGAGCCCCGGAGCUCGAACCUAAACCAAGACCCGUCUUUGGACAGGAACCUGACCCCGUCGUCACCCAGUCACUGUCAGGACGACCAGGCUUCCUCGACUUCUACCUUUUCCGAUUACUUCAAAACCACACCGACCUUCACCGCUUCCGCCACCCCCUCGACCACAGCUACCUCCUACUCUACUACCGCCUAUGUCGACGACGAUGUGACGACCGCGAACCAUCCAUCGAGAGAUAGUUGCGAUAGACGGAGACCCAACGACGGAGACGCCUCCAAGUUCCCCGCGAACAUGCCGACCCAACUAGUCGGCCAGACCGUCACCCCCUUCCUCCGAGAACAUAUCCCCGGCAUCUAUGCACCCAUCGGUAAACCCGACAUCCAAAACGAGAACAGCAACAUCUACAACAACAAUAGCAGCACCAACAACAGCGGCCACCUCAGCCAGACUCGCGACGCCAACAGCAAGUUCUGCUACCGUCACCGUCCCGACGCAAAGUGUCGUCGCGCCGCCGACGAGUCCAAGAUGGUCUUGAUCCAGAGCGAACUCGACAAGCUCCCCUCCGCCGACCAGCAAGCCAUCACCCACGUCUGGUCCCUGUUCUCCGCCGCCCCCGCCAAGCACCGCGAUCUGAUGCUCCAGGGCAUCAUCACACAAUGCUGCUUCCCCCAACUAUCCACCGUCUCUCGCGAAGUCCACGAGCAGCUCAAGAUUGACUUCAUGGCCGCCCUCCCGACUGAGAUCUCAUACAAGGUGCUGGGCUAUCUCGACACCGUCUCCCUAUGCAAGGCUGCCCAGGUCAGCAGGAGAUGGCGUGACCUCGCCGACGACGACGUUGUAUGGCACCGCAUGUGCGAGCAACACAUCGACCGCAAGUGUACCAAGUGUGGAUUCGGUCUUCCCCUCCUCGAGCGAAAACGGCUGCGAGAUUGGAACAAGCAGAAGGAGCUUGCCGAAGCUAGGAGCCUCCAGCAGGCGGCGCCCGUCGAGGCGGUGGAGCAGGUCGACGAGGUUGUGACGGCGUCUUCGCCCAACGCCAACAAGAAGAGGGAGCUUGUCGUGCUCGACGACGGAAGGAAACGAGCCUGCCUGAGCGAUGUCGGCGAGCCGAUGGCCCCCAAAACGGGAGCCGAAAAGGAGCGGGAGCGCUUGAUCAGACCGUGGAAGAGCGUCUAUCGCGACCGGUUCAAGGUCGGCUUCAACUGGAAAUACGGUCGAUGCCACAUCAAGACCUUCAAGGGCCACGACAACGGCGUGACCUGCCUGCAGUUUGACGACGAGAUCCUCGCCACAGGGUCCUACGAUGCCAAGAUCAAGAUCUGGAAUAUUGUAACAGGCGAGGAGAUCCGCACUCUGAGCGGCCACACGAUGGGCAUCCGCACCCUUAAGUUUGUCGGCAACAAGCUCUUUAGCGGCAGCUUGGACCACACAGUAAAGGUCUGGAACUGGCAGACGGGCGACUGCAUCAGCACUCUCCGCUGCCACACAGAAGGUGUCAUCACGGUUGAUUUUGACGGAAAGUUCCUGGCUUCGGGCUCCAUCGACAAGUCAAUCAAGAUCUUCAACUUUGACAGCAAGGAAACCUUCUGUCUCCGCGGCCACGAGGACUGGGUCAACCACGUACGGCUUGACCCUGGCUCGCAGACGCUCUUCUCGGCAUCGGACGAUUGCACCGUCCGCCUCUGGGACCUACGAAACAAGACAUGCAUCAAGACGUUCGAGGGCCACAUGGGCCAGGUGCAGCAGAUUCUGUUGAUGCCGGAGGACUUUGAGCCGGACGAGGAGGCUUUCGCGGGCGACGACAACGUCUCGGUCAACAGCGGCCGCAGCACCACCCCGACUGCCUCGGCCAAUGUGGCGUCCAUUCUCGGCUCCUCUUUCGGCGGCAGCGACUCGGCCACGGCGGAGGACGACCGGACGUCGUUCGGCUGUUCCUUUUCUUCGGACCCCACCCGGCAGCUGCCGCCACGCUACAUGCUCACCGCCGGCCUUGACAACACGGUCAAGGUGUGGAACAUCCACACCGGCAAGUGUCUCCGCACUAUGUUUGGCCACGUCGAGGGCAUCUGGGGCCUCGUGGGCGACACUUUGCGUAUUGUCACGGGCGCCAACGACUCCAUGGUCAAGGUAUGGGAACCCAAGAGCGGCAAGUGCGAACGCACCUUUACCGGCCACUCUGGUCCCGUCACCUGUGUUGGCCUCAGCGACAGCCGCAUGGCCAGCGGUAGUGAAGACGGCGAAGUGCGCCUCUACAGUUUCGAGGCAGAUGGCCCCCUCCUCGAAGAGUGCGGCACUCCGGCGUAAGAAGAGGGAUCGAUUGGUCGGAUUGAUCCCCUUACGACUUUUUUCUUCUUAUUUUUGUCAUUUCUCGGCGGGUGUCUGGCGUGAUGAUUCCCCAAUGGCGAUUUUCUACGAGAGAUGGGCACCGUUGCACAGCGGGAAUUAGCUGCAACUUAUCUCUUCUUGUUCAGAGUAUUUAAAUGUCCUCAGGGACUCGGGAAGGACUAGGGGAAAUAAGACCCGAUCAUAUGGGUGGCGUUCUGGGGCGUGGUGUUAUCCCACUGGAUCAAAAGGGGAAUCGGACAGGAAUCGGGAAAAGUAGCGGCACGCUAUUCGAGCAUAGGAUAUCUUACCUAACAUCAUGAAGCUCCCCCCGUUUUAAUCUACUCGAGAAGUUACGACUCG